UCCCUUUCCUGUCGCAGGGUAUAGCUGAGUAGUUCCCCCUUUUUUUCUCAUUUCUCAGAUUAGUUUUGCUCCUGGAACGAUCUUUGCUCUAGCCCUGAUAGAAAAGGAGGCUGUAUCCAAGCCAAAUUUUCUCAGAGACAGGACACAGGCAAGGUUGCUAGACCAGGAGCAGAAACAAGGAGACUUUUGAUUGCACAGGCUCAGUACAGGACAACACUGCUUGCUAAUACUUCUCACUCACCAGCAUGAUUGAAGAAGAUAAUGAUGAGACAUGUUGGAAUGACCUGGAGAGCUUCCGGGUGAAACUGAUCUCUGUGAUAGAUCCUUCCCGUAUAACACCUUACCUGCGCCAGUGCAAAGUGAUCAGCCACGAUGAUGAAGAACAAGUUCUUAACGACCCCAGCCUGGUGAUGCGCAAGCGGAAGGCAGGUGCUCUUCUGGAUAUUCUUCAGCGAACAGGACAGAAGGGCUUUGAGGCGUUUAUGGAGAGUCUGGAGCUUUAUUAUCCACAACUGUAUAAGAAAAUCACUGGCAAGGAGCCCAGCAGGGUUUUUUCUUUGAUUAUAGACACUGCUGGGGAAUCUGGCCUCAGCCAGCUCUUGAUGAACGAGAUCAUGAAGCUGCAGAGCACCGUGCAGGAGGAGCGGCGAAAGGCCCAGGAGCUCACCAUGUGGCUGCACACCAAAGAGGACACAAUCAGAGAGAUGUGGGUGAGGGACAGCCUGCUCCGCAAGCACCAAGAGCGGGCACAGAAGAUGAAGGAGGAGAGGGACAGCCUGAGCAAGGAGCUGCGGAAGUGCAAGGACGAAAACUACAACCUGGCAAUGAGCUAUGCGAAACAGAGUGAGGAGAAGAGCGCUGCCCUCAUGAAGAACCGGGACCUCAUCCUAGAGAUUGAUCACCUGAAGCACAGCCUCAUGAAGGCUGAGGAUGACUGCAAACUGGAGCGGAAGCACACCAUGAAACUGAAGCACGCCAUCGAGCAUCACCCGAGCCAUGAGGUGAUGUGGGAAAUCCAGCAGGAGAAGGAGUUGCUGUUGGCCAAGAAUCAGGAGCUGGAGAACACUCUCCAGCAGGUUGCCAGGGAGCAGAAUUUGAAGAAGAGCCUCUCCAAUGAGGUUCUGGAGCAUGACUGUAGCCAGAUACUAGAAGAACGUCGGGAGCUGAUGAACACCAUUUACAGCCUUCGCAAAGAGCUGCGGCGAGCAGAGGUGCUCCGAGGCAAAGAUGCAGAGGAAAAAGAAAUGCUUGAACUACAGUGCACGUCUUUGAGGAAGGACUCCCAGAUGUAUAAAAAACGGAUCGAAGCUGUCUUGCAGCAAAUGGAGGAAGUGGCUUCAGAAAGAGACCAGGCACUACUGACCCGAGAACAGUUCCAUAUGCAGUACUCCAAGAACCUAGUUGAGAGGGAUGCUUACCGCAAGCAGAUUCGGGAGCUGAGGGAGCGAUGUGAUGAAAUGCAACUGCAGCUCUUCCAAAAGGAGAGUCAGUUACUAGCUACUGAAGCCAAGCUGAAAAGAUUGCAACUGGAACUUCCUACACCGACCUCUGACCUGGAUGAUACCUCCUCCAGAGAUUCCCAGGAGCUUACUCUGGAUGGUCAUCUUGAUGAAGACACGCAACCGACUAUAAAAAACUGCCCUGAAGGACAAAAUCAGCAAUUCGGCACUCGAGAGAGCACUCUGCCGCCAAAGUCACCAAGUUUCAAGGAGUGCACCUUAGCCAAUGAGGAACUGGCAGAAAAGGAGCGGAGAAGGAUGAAGGACUGCUUUGAGCGUUACCAAAGAAAAAGAGCAAUGCGAAGGGCACCGAAGGGCCGGCACCAUGAAGCCGACUGGGAGAACACCACUGGCAGUGACAACACUGACACUGAGGGCUCCUGAGCCCAGGACACCAGACCGUGACCUCCGCAUUUCCUCUCCAUGGGCUGCUCUGAGUUCAAAGCCAUCUAAACAAACAUUUAGUGUUUGUAAUGGGACAAUGUUUCUAGCAAUAUGUUCCCUUGUCCAUCUCUCCCUUAGAGAUGUAGUGAUGUGAGAGGUGUGCGGUCCACAAAUAAAAUAUAGCGCAUUAAAUAUUUGUGGGCCUGAGGCAGCAUGCAUGGUGCUUGCUUCACGCCCAACAGCACCUCUGCUGAGCUGCUCUUUAUUAAAGCUCCUGCAGGGAGCCAGAGGAUCAUAGAAAUAGAAAGGUUUGGGUCAGAAGGGACCUUAAAGAUCAUCCAGGUUUAACCCUAUAAAGUCUCCCUAGAGCCUUUUUCUCUCCAGGCUGAACAAGACCAACUCUCUCAGCCUGUCCUCAUACAGGAGGUGCUUCCGCCUUCUGAUCAUCUCUGUGGCCUCCUCUGGACUAGCUCCAAGAGAUCCCUGUCCUUUCUGUGCUGAGGACUCCAGAGCUGAGUGCAGGGCUCCCACAGGUGGUCCCACUGCUUUGGAUGCAGCUCGGGAUGGAGUUGGUUUUCUGGGCUGCCAGAUUGUGUUGAGCUUCUCAUCCACCAGCAUCCCCAGCCCUUCUCAGGGUUCCCUGCUGGUGACCAGGUCAGUGGCUGCCCUCACCCUCCUGAAGGGGGAUCAAGAGAGCUAGGGAGGGACUU